GAGAGAGAGAGAGAGCGAGGGAGCGAGAGAGAGAGACAGAGAAAGAAAGGGAUCUGGGCUGCAGUUUGUGUUAGAUCUGAGUGGAGAAGCACCGGAUUGAUUCUCUUCGUGUACUUUUCAGCUCGCAUGGAUAUUUCAGGGGGAAUUGUCAAAGAAAGAGCACGGACACCUCUAGAAGACGACACGGAUCCUGUCCUCUAGUGCAUUUUCCUGGGAUUAAAUCUCCUCAGUACCUCAUGCGUGAUACGCGCCGGUGUAGAAAGUAGACGUGAGGUUGUUAAAAGUCCUGAACUGUUGAAGGUCUCGGGUUUUCAGGCUGCCGGUGUUUGGAUUAUGUUACCAAGUAUAUUGUGUUUUGUUAUGAUGUAUUCCGCGUUUUACAUUCAUGUAACAGACAUAUAAACUGUGCGUAUUUACAGCAAAGGGUUCAUGUAAUGAUCGACCCAACGAAUGCAUUUUGAUCGGAAUGCUGCAGUGCAAUCAUUGCGCAGCUUUGUUGUUGUAAAUGCAACAAAAAAGCCUCAAGUCUAAUGUUGCGCCUCUGCCAUCAAUGCUCGUCGCUCGGCUGUGCAUGCGCUGCACGGCGUUUCACAUACAUUAAUGUUUUACAACGACGGUAAAAGUAUUUCUAACAUACACAUAUCCGUACAGGAAUACUACUAAAAAAAGCCACAAAUAGAUUGUCAAGUUGUCGUAUGUUCAGGACGAAACGCUCAGGUCUUGUGCGGCGACUCUGGAGAAGCCGUUUGAUCCCAGAUAAAGAAGGGGAAGAUGGAAAUGGAAAAACUAGUGAGGGCUGUAGAGACGAUGUUUUCGGCAACAACCCGGAGAAAAUUCCCAAAACGGAGUUCAGACCGAUGACCCCCAGUGGGUCUCCUGGAGGGGGGGCACGAGCCGUGCGCACUCGGAGCCCCGUGGAGAGCAGCGCUCUGAGGGUCACGGUGGACCAAGAUGUGGCCGCGGUGUGCCUCACGGAGCAAGGGAGCCCCCGCUCCGUGCAGGACAGCGAGGGCAGGACAGUGACUUGCUGCUUAUUCUCAGAGAGGGACCACUCCGUGCACAGGGCUCCGGACACGGCUCAGGGCUCCGUGGAUCCGGGGUCCUGUCACUUUGCGCACAGGAACCCUGGAGCUCGGGACGGCGGCCCUGCUGAGGCGCAGGAGGCGAUGCCCCGCACCGUGUUAGAUCAAGAACUGAAGUCAGCCACAUACUCUCUGUUAAAACGGCUGAAGGAGAAGGCGCUGGAUACUUUACUGGAGGCGGUGGAGUCCAGAGGAGGGAUGCCUAGUGACUGUGUAAUGAUUUCCCGGACUGAGCUGAGGUUCGGCGGCCAUGUGACAUCACCACAGCUGCUUGUGUGUAAACUGUACCGAUGGUCCGACCUCCAGCACUCGGCCCAGCUCAAACCGCUCUGUGAGUGUAAGAGUUCUGGGGCUCCUGACAGUCCGACAGUAUGCUGCAACCCCUAUCACUACAGCCGACUCUGUGGGCCAGAGUCACCCCCACCUCCGUAUUCAAGGCUUUCCCCCAAUGAAGAACACAAGCCACUGGAUCUGUCAGACUCCACAUUGUCUUACACUGAAACUGAGGCAGCCAGCACGCCAAACAUCACACCGGGGGAUUUCUCAGAUGCCAGUAUGUCGCCUGAUGCCCCGAAGCAGAGCCACUGGUGUAACGUGGCGUACUGGGAGCACCGCACACGCGUGGGACGCCUCUACACAGUGUACGAGCACUCCGUCAGCAUCUUCUAUGAUCUACCUCAGGGCACGGGCUUCUGCCUGGGCCAGCUCAACCUGGAACACCGCAGCAGCACUGUUCAGCGCACAAGAGGCAAAAUCGGCUAUGGCAUCCUGCUCAGUAAGGAGCCGGAUGGUGUGUGGGCGUAUAACCGCAGCGAACAUCCCAUAUUUGUCAACUCCCCCACUCUGGACAUGCCUAACAGCAGAACUUUAGUAGUGCGAAAGGUGAUGCCGGGCUACUCCAUUAAGGUAUUCGACUACGAGCGCUCAUGUCUGUUGAGGCACACCACUGACGCUGACCUCCUGGACGGACCCUACGACCCUAACAGCGUGCGAAUCAGUUUUGCCAAGGGAUGGGGCCCUUGCUACUCCAGACAGUUCAUCACCUCCUGCCCCUGCUGGUUGGAGGUCCUCCUCAACAAUCACAGAUAACACAGAUGGACCCAACAAACUAUCCCAAAUAUCAUCUACCUAGAUUUAAUAUAAAGUUUUAUAUAUUAUAUGAAAUAUAUAUUAUACUUGUAAAUACGGAGUCAUUUUUACAAUGUAAUUAUUUAUGUAUGGUGCAAUGUGUAUAUGGACAACAGUGGAAAAAAACAGAUAAUGCACUUUGGCUUUAUAUAUAUUUGUAUAUGUAUAUGUAUAUAUAUAUAUAUACAUACAUACAUAUAUAUGUAUAUGUAUAUAAAUAUAUAUAUAUAUAUGUAAGCAAUUUUUCAGUACCAACAUGAGAAAUUAUACAAGAAAAUUAGGGUUGGCCUGGAUUUGGUGUAUAGUUUUCAUAUACUAUUAAUAUCCAGACAAAAAGCUAACACCGUUCACACAUUGGUAAUAAAGUAUUGGCAUAAUAA